GAGACGACGGCGCCAACGCACGCGUGGUUCAUGCAACUCUGAGAACGUACCAGCGUGCCCUGCUAAUUCGAGUGGUGCCUUUUCUCUUCUACAAGGAACUUCAGUCACAGGUGUACAGCAUCCACAGCUAGACUCAGCGGUGAUCGUAUUCCGCCGGUGAGUCGUAAACGUGAUCGCAGCAGCGAACACGCGGCACCUCGACGCGCUCCGUCGCCGUUGGGCGUAUUUUUGUGCAGCGGGUGCUUCGCCGCCGUUUCCGGCCUGGAUAGAAGUGAAACCGUACUGGGGGCCGCCGGCCUCAAUUGCCCUUCUACGCGUGCAUCGUGUGGCGCCUGUCAUCUUCUACCUAUUGAGUUAACCGCCAGUUCGCCCUUGGCAGGGUCAUCUGCUUCCGACUCCGCUACAGCAGCACCGAGUAUACUAGCGCAACAAGUGGAAAUACCUCUCGAAGCUCACGUGCGCACUCGGCGACCGCCAGCUGCUUUCUCUAUCUUUCGUUCGGCGCACAUCGGUGGCCGCGGCUGCAAACCUAGGUCUGCCUUCUCCGCAUAUUUGUGAACAGUCACACGCCGUUGCCAUUGCGACAUGGAGCGAAGGCUCCGCCGCGUCUUCGACUGCCUUGUGGUGGUAUUCAUCAAUGGCUUCGGACUCCUGCUUCUGCCGCUGCUGCUGUUGAGUCUGCGAGCGCGCCAGUGGUUCUUCGUGCGAAUCAUGUCCGUCGCUGGCCUUCUGUGGCGAGACGUCUUCCAGGACACUCGACGCAAGGCGAUCGCAGCGCUGGACGAGAUUGAGUCCAGCGACCCAGAACUGCGCGCCGACGGUGCGAUUCGAGUGCUCGAGAUUGGCGCAGGCUCCGGUGCCAAUUUCGGCUUCAUGAGGAGGAAGAUCAAGUACUGGAACGUCGACCCUAACACUGAGUUCCAGAAUUCUUUCCUCGAGACGGUGAAAAAGUAUCCAAAGGUGGACUUGGAACGCUGGGUGGUCGGCUAUGGCGAGGACAUGCGCGACGUCCCCGAUGGCCACUUCGACGCGGUGAUCGUGACGCACCUCCUCUGCUCCGUCCACUGCCCCGAGAAGGUGCUCCGAGAGUGCCGCCGGGUCCUGGUCAAGGGUGGUCGGCUGGUGUUCAUGGAGCACGUUGCCCAGCCCAAGGGAAGCCUGGGCCGGAUAUUGCAGAGCGUGCUGAGCCCCCUGUGGUGUAUCAUCUGCUGCGGCUGCUGCCUGAACCGAGACUCGGGAGACGUCAUCGAGAACGCCGGCUUCGCCGAGGUGCACUUGAACGAGACGCACGUCGACAUGCCCGUCAUCUUGACCCGGCAUGUGUACGGUUACGCUGUUGCCUAGGAAACGGCCCGCGGUGGCCUACGACGCGCAUAGGCUGUGCGUUUCACUGAUGCAGUAUUAUAGUGCCGUCUUCGCCAUUGGCGACGGUUCUUCUUUUUCUGGGAGGGGGGGGGGGGGUGGGAGGUAGGCAUAACUUACGUAAUGAACCUCUACGAAUUCAGCUCAUGUACAAAGGACAAUAGCGAACCUUUUUAUCGUUCAAUAUCCUAUAAGUCUAGCUCUUGCGCUCUUGUUUAUCUUGAAAUCUGUCUGCGAAACCUUCCAUGAGGUAAACGUUGUUUUCCUUUUUCUAUUUUCCUUCUUCUUUUUUUUUUUGGCGGAGGCUAUCUUAGCUGAUUGGCAGACAGUGCCACAAUAGUUCCCCUUGUGUUAUAUUUUUUUUUUUUUGUCUUGUCUUGUCUUCUUUUGGUUCGUCGCGCUACUUUUUAUGAAUAUAUCCAAACGUUUGCGGAAAUGGAAUACAUCGCCUUAUAAGCCGUCGGUUACUGCAGUGAACGAGAAGAGGGACCGAGAGCCCCCAUUUUCGUUAGGCACGAUCAUAUCAAGCUAACUCGUCGAUACCUACAACUUACACGUGGUUAUUAAACAUUCUCGCAAGGAGUGCCUCCAUUAUGCAGGUUAAAUAGCAUGUGCCCGACAUACCACAUAAACUCUGCUGCAAUAUAUACCUUCACAGAAAGUGCCCGUCAUUUAUGUCACAUGUCACAUUUAUGUCACAUUUAUGUCUUUGUUCACUGAGAUGCUUGCUUUAUACAGACACAUUUCUGCUCCCUUAUGACAUUCUUAUGGCACCCUUGUGACCGCACCCUUAUACAGACACCCUUACCUCAGCGCUAAUGUCGUCAUUAGCGCUGAGGUAAGGGUGUCUGUAGCGUAAAAAGCUGCUGUGAUUUCUUUAGACCUUUUUGAUUCGCUAUGACGGGAAGGUGUCGAAGCGAGAUGUGUGUGUGGGCCUUUUGGUCUCUUUCUAAAUCGUUUUUCCGUGGAGCGGUCCUUGUUUUUUCUGUACCGAGUGUUGUCUUUGUCUCUCUCUUUUUCUAGCUUACUGCUGGUCAACUUCUUUUCGCAUGCCUUUCAGAACCGGUCAUGUAACAUGAAGUUUGUAUAAAGUAUGUGCUUCAUACCGACCGUGUAUAUUCUCUUACAAAUAAAGUGGAGUCCGUGCUCUUCCUU